GAGAAAAUAACCCUGAUAGUUUGCUUUACAAAAUCAAAGAAAGCAAAAAACUUUUUCAGGAAACUAAAAAAGGCGAUAAACAAUUUGUCUCGGCGGAUGUUUUUGCUGAAUUUAAGUUGGCGGCAAGUGGCAAAAUAUUAAAUGAGGAAGGUAGACUGAAAAACGAAAAUUCUUUAAAAUUUUUACAGAAAAUUAUUGGCUCCACUGACCUGGCUUCUGAACUUGACCAAGUAGAAGUUUAUUAUGAUUCCGGUCAAAAGUAUGGAGUGGAGGAAUUUGAUGGUGAAAAUCUUCAAGAAUUAGGAAUUUGGAUGGAAAUUGAAACUUUGAAUGAACAGCGCUGA